CGUCAUUGUACUACAAUCCAUCUUUGGCAACACAAAGAGAUCCAGCAACCCACGCAUUGUUUUGUCGCAACUUGCUUCGGUGGCAGAAAAAAAAUAAGCAACAAUCUCUACACAAGUGAAAACGACAAUGUUUGAUUCCAGAAAAAUGCCCCCGCUGCUAGCCCUCGCACUGCUGUUCUUGUCCCUCCAGGCCCUGUGCUCGCUCGCCGAGGUUUCCCCGACGUGCAGCGAUCCGACGUGCGAAGCAGAGAAGGAUGCCCCCGCUCUGCCGGAACUCCCCGAGAUGGUCGACGGGGGUGUCUUUGUGCACUUUCACCUGUACAAGACCGGCGGAUCCUCGGUCACGGAGCUCUUUGUCGAGCUCAAGCAGGAAUUCGACGAAAUCGCGUACGAGGAGGCCGAGGCGGCCGGGAAAUUCGACGAGGAAGAAGACUUCCCCGAUGACGACAACAAUCCCAAUUCGGAGUUUCUCGAGGGCGUGAAGAUCAUUUUUGUCAACAACCGCGAGGACAUGACCGAGGAGGACAUCGAGUGGUCGAUCACCGAGGCGAAGGAGAAGAAAAAGCCCGUGUUUUACAACUUCCACGUCGAGUUUCCCGCUACCAUGUACCCCACCCUGAUCGAGGCCGCACCCAUCCUCCGGGAAUGGCGGGCGAGGGCCGAGGCCGAGGGGAUCCCCUUCUUUGCCACCACGGUCCUCCGCGAGCCCCUCGGCCACGCCCUGUCCUUUUUCAACUUUUUCCACGUGACGGUGGACGAGAUGGAAUGGAGCCCCUUUGCCGGCGACAUGGAUGCCACCGAGGAGAACUUUCUCAAGACGUACGUCGGAAACCGGCUGUGCCACCUCAUGUACAACGACGCCCACGGGAUCCUCGAAGCCCCCGACGAGGCCCUCCGGGAGGGCCUCAAGGAAAACCUCUUCCACUUUAUGGACGAACACGAGCUCAACCGCCGCAACGAGCCGUCGCACUGCGACGCGGACGCCCUCCGCACGAUCCUCUUUGAGGACAACACCUUUGACUACGUGGGAAUCACGGAGCGGCUUUCGACGCACAUUUUGCCAAUGUUCACCAAGAUCGUCUUUGGGGACGCGCGCCUGGCGGGGGAUGCCGAGGUGAAGAAGAAGGCCGCCGACAUGACCGACGACACCUGGGUCCCCCUGAAAAAGAACACCCUUUCCGAGUCGACGAAGGAGCUCGUGGCCAGGGAAUCGGCCAAGGACCAGAAGCUGUACGAGGAGGCCCGCGACCGGUUCGCCCACUGGCCGUCCUACUUAUGACACGCGGCCUCCGGCAGCGGGAGCAGCGACGAGGCCGGGGAGGAGGAUUCUUCCCCGUCGUCGUCGCCGCCGUCCGCCCCGGGCCAAACGGAAGGAGAGCUGUAGCGGAGAUGCAGCGCGAGAAAAAUAGAAAUCAAAAACCAGAAAUCACACUAUAGACAAAACU